CCGAGAGUCCCCGGGGCAGCGGCGCGCCCCGGAGGCAGACGCAGCCGGUCCGGCGCAGGUGGACGCGGCCCGCGGACCCUCCAACCGCCGCCCCUCCCCUCGUGGAGGGGCUCCGGAGCUAGCGAUGGGAGGCACGGCUCGCGGGCCGGGGCGGAAGGAUGCGGGGCCACCCGGGGUCGGGCUCCCGCCUCAGCAGCGGAGAUUGGAGGAUGGUGUGUACGAUUCCUUCAUGAUGAUCGAUGAAACCAAAUGCCCACCCUGUUCAAAUGUUCUGUGCACUCCUGAGCCGCCUCUACCCCGAAGACUAAAUAUCUCCAGUGAGCAGUUAACAAGAGAGCAUACACAGCACUUUCUGAAUGGAGGUGAGAUGAAGGUAGAAGAGCUGUUUCAAGAAUUUGGCAACAGGCGGUCUGGUACGUUCCUAUCAGAAGGCGCCGGUGACUCCGAAAAAUGCUCACCUCCCACUUCUCAGAGGAAAAGUGUAGAAAGCUUUCACACAGUGAAAUCCAGCAGUUCAUCCAAGACACUCAAAGUGGCGGUGCCUCUAACGCCGGAGCAGGCCCUGAAGCAGUACAAACACCACCUCACUGCUUAUGAGAAGGUGGAAAUAAUCAACUACCCAGAAAUCUACUUUGUAGGUCCAAAUGCCAAAAAAAGACAAGGAGUUGUUGGUGGUCCCAAUAACGGGGGCUAUGAUGAUGCAGAAGGGGCCUAUAUCCAUGUACCUCGAGACCACCUCGCUUAUCGAUAUGAGGUGCUGAAAAUUAUUGGUAAGGGAAGUUUUGGACAGGUAGCCCGAGUCUACGAUCACAAACUUCGACAGUACGUGGCCCUAAAAAUGGUGCGUAAUGAAAAGCGCUUUCAUCGGCAAGCGGCCGAGGAGAUCCGGAUCUUGGAGCAUCUGAAGAAACAAGACAAGACUGGGAGCAUGAACGUCAUUCACAUGCUGGAGAGCUUCACCUUCCGGAACCAUGUGUGCAUUGCUUUUGAAUUGCUCAGCAUCGAUCUGUAUGAGUUGAUUAAGAAAAACAAGUUUCAGGGAUUUAGCAUCCAGCUGGUCCGCAAGUUUGCUCAAUCCAUCCUGCAGUCUUUGGAUGCUCUCCACAAAAAUAAGAUUAUUCAUUGCGACCUGAAGCCAGAAAACAUUCUCCUGAAACACCACGGGCGCAGCGCCACCAAAGUCAUCGACUUCGGGUCCAGCUGUUUCGAAUACCAGAAGCUCUACACGUACAUCCAGUCCCGUUUCUACCGAGCCCCGGAGAUCAUCCUAGGAUGUCGCUACAGUACGCCUAUUGACAUAUGGAGUUUCGGCUGCAUCUUGGCGGAGCUCUUCACUGGACAGCCUCUGUUCCCCGGCGAGGAUGAAGGCGACCAGCUGGCGUGCAUGAUGGAGCUUCUGGGAAUGCCACCACCCAAACUCCUGGAGCAAUCCAAACGUGCCAAGUACUUUAUUAACUCCAAGGGCUUACCUCGCUACUGUUCCAUGACUACUCAGUCAGAUGGGAGAGUUGUACUUGUGGGGGGUCGCUCACGGCGGGGUAAAAAGCGGGGUACCCCAGGCAGCAGAGACUGGGGGACAGCACUGAAAGGGUGUGAUGACUACUUGUUCAUAGAAUUUCUCAAAAGAUGUCUUCAGUGGGACCCCUCUGCCCGCAUGACCCCAGCUCAAGCGUUAAGACACCCCUGGAUCAGUAAGGCUCUGCCCAAGUCUCUCACCACAGACAAGGUGCCAGGAAAACCAGUAGUGAGUCCUACGAAUGCUUUCCAGGGGCUGAGUUCCAAGCUUCCUCCAGUUGUUGGCAUAGCCAAUAAGCUUAAGGCUAACCUGAUGUCAGAAACCAGUGGCAGUAUACCUUUGUGCAGUGUAUUGCCCAAACUGAUUAGCUAAUGGAUAGCUCAGGGGUGCAGAUGUGUGUAUUUUUAUCUUGUGAACCUGCAAGUGAGAAAGAUGCAAACCCGUUGGUGGAUAUGAUUUUGUUGGACUAAAUCUCUUUUUUUUUAAAACAAGGCAAAACAUUUUUAUAUGACUAUAAAAAGAACUAUGGAAGGGCUAAUUACCUACCAAGCUUGUGUUGGCCAUCUGGAAUAUACAUUAAAUGACUUUUUAUAGGUCA